GACAAUUGGCCUUUCCACGUGAUACCUUUCAACGUCAUACGUAAACAACAAUAAGAAAGAGGAGAGGCAUGCAAAAAUGAACAGUCACGCCAAACUAAAUCAGCGCCAAUUUGUUAUUUUCAGUUUUUAACCAUCACUGUAACAGUGCAGUACACUUGUGCUCUUUAUACAUGACAAUGGCAAUGGAAGGCUCAAAGUCGUCGAGCACAACCAUGCAGGUCAGUUUUGUUUGUCAGCGUUGCUGCCAGCCCCUCAAACUGGACACAUCGUUUAAUGUGCUCGACCGAGUUACUAUCCAGGAGCUGAUUGCUCCGGUGGUCACCGUCACUCCCAGCAAACAGACUGACAGCAGUGAGGGGGACACGGCACAAGAGGAGACCUUUGAAGAAAACAAACCAGAUGGAGUGUCAAGGAAAUACAUCCCUCCUGCGCGCAUGAUGUCCACAGAGAGUGCCAACAGUUUCACCUUGAUUGGAGAAGCAUCAGAUGGAGGCACGAUGGAAAAUCUAAGUCGCAGGUUAAAGGUGACGAGCGAUCUGUUUGACAUCAUGUCGGGCCAGACUGAUGUGGACCAUCCCUUGUGUGAAGAAUGUACCGACACUUUACUGGAUCAUCUGGACACACAGCUCAAUAUCACAGAGAAUGAAUGCCAGAAUUACAAGCAGUGUCUGGAGCUGCUGUGCCACCUGCAGGUGGAGGAAGAAGAGACCCUGAUGGCAGAGCUGCAGCAGCUGAAGGACGAAGAGGGGGCUCUGGUAGAGGAACUGGAGGCUGUGGAGGAACAGAGGGCUGCCAUGGCCCAGGAUCUGGCUCAGAGCAGGAUCCACUCUCAGCAGCUGGACACAGAGGAGCUACAGUAUCAGAAGGAAUACAGUGAAUUUAAGCGACAGCAGCUGGAGCUGGAUGAUGAGCUGAAGAGCGUCGACAACCAGAUGCGUUACUGCCAGAUUCAGCUUGACCGUCUGAAAAAGACCAACGUCUUCAAUGCCACAUUUCAUAUCUGGCACAGUGGUCAGUUUGGCACCAUCAAUAACUUCCGUCUGGGUCGACUUCCCAGUGUUCCUGUGGAGUGGAAUGAGAUUAACGCAGCAUGGGGACAGACUGUGCUGCUGCUCCAUGCCCUCGCCAGUAAAAUGGGGCUGCGUUUCCAAAGGUAUCGCCUUGUUCCCUAUGGAAACCACUCGUACCUAGAAUCGUUGUCAGACAAGUCCAAGGAACUUCCUCUCUACUGCUCUGGCGGCUUAAGGUUCUUCUGGGACAAUAAGUUUGACCAUGCCAUGGUGGCCUUCCUGGACUGUGUCCAGCAGUUCAAAGAGGAGGUAGAAAAAGGAGACACUGGCUUCUGUCUCCCUUACAGGAUGGACGUGGAGAAGGGCAAGAUCGAGGACACAGGCGGCAGCGGAGGCUCCUACUCCAUCAAAACUCAGUUCAACUCAGAGGAGCAGUGGACCAAAGCACUGAAGUUCAUGCUCACCAACCUGAAGUGGGGUCUGGCCUGGGUCACGUCACAGUUCUACAACAGAUAGACAUUACUGCUGCAAUCAUCUGGUCGACAUGAGUUUGUAAACUUAAGAAAAAGAGUUUUAUAUCCCUGAUGAAAUAUGGGCUGGAUGUUCACUGGAACAUUCAAAUGGAAUGUAAGCACUUCUCCCGUUAUAAUGGUGAAUUAAGGUGAAUCUUCAAUCUCAAAUUUAGGUCACAUCACCGCGCUGCGCUCAGAUUAGGAUUUAUUUCCUUUAAAACUGAAAACCUUAAAAAUGUUUUGCUGAUCAAGUUUGGAAAAGUCUAAAUGUAUCCCGUACUGGAACAUUGUGAGUUUGUUGUGAAAGUAACUUUGGAAACAGAAGGAAUUGCAAAUUGAUGAAUACAGUUUGCUUUUCAUCUAAAGUUGUUUUAGUCAGUAUUGUUUUUUUAACCUUGAGUGUUGCUAACUACCGCUAAAAGUAAAAGACAGAUGUGUGUUUAGAGACGACACACAACAUACCUGUCAACUCCUGUUGAAGGUCAGCCCUAAAAACGUGAGACAAACGACUUCAUUUUUAAUACGAUUGUAAGGUGAAAUACAAACAAUUAAUUUACUAAACAUAACAAUUUCAUACCUGACUGAUUUGACCAAUUAUUCUUGUUUUGCUCAUGCAGCACAGAUUUUAAGUGCGAUGUAACAUUAUAAACACUGGAUGGCACCACCUGUUUUAUAAAAUCUGGUAUUUCCAAAAACCAAAAAAUGUUGCUUGAGAAUCAAAAAAAUCUGCACGAUCUGUAGCCGAUUUAUAAAUGCAGACUGGUAUAUACAGGUUUUUUGUUUUUUCAUCCUCUGCAUUGUCACAUUAACACUGAAUGACACACUGGACUUGAGUCAGUAAACAUUUUAAGUUGUAAAAAGAAACAAGUGUUUAUCGGUUUGUUCUAAUAUUUGUUUUUGUUUCUGUAAAGACAGUUCAGUGUAAGGCAGUUAAAGCUUAACACGUUUGAGUGGCUACAUAGUUAUUUAAAAACUACUAAUUGCUGAGAAAGUUCCUUCCUGUCACUUCAGCUGUUAGCGUCGAUUUUUAAUGUGGAUGCUAAUAACAGAACUGUGUAUAAGGUCACUGACAUGCUAUUAGCUUAACAAGCCUUUUUGGCUAUGCUAUAUUAAAGCUGACAAGCAAAA